AUGGCAACCGAAAAGAAUGAACCGAAGCCUAAGGAGCCUAACACAAAUGGCGUUUCUGAAGAAGAUGCGCGAAAGGAGUCUUCCAAAGUUGCGAAGCAAGCAACUGAAGCGCAGAAGAAGGCAACCGAAUUGAUGGAGGCAGCCGCUGCUGCGGGUGACCCCGACGAACGCCAAAAGCUGAUGGAACAAGCUCUCGAGCAGCAAAUUCAAUCAAAGUCCUUAGGCAAAACAGCAAAGUAUCUACGGUCAGGCACAUUCCAGGGCAUGGCAGUCGGUGCAGGACUCGGAAUCGCUCCUGGCGCAUCGUUGGGUGCCAUCACAGGAACGUUGGUUGGCGGUGUGUCCUCCACUGCUUUGGGAGGGCUUGGCGCUGGAAUCGGAGCCGCUACAGGUGCGCUUCACGGUCCGUUCUGGGAUCUGGGAAAGGGCGCUGGCAAAGGCAUUCAAAAAAUCACGAACAACCUGCCGGGUUGGAAGGCCACUGAGAGUCAGAAGAAGCAACUUGAGAAGAUGAUCGGCCAGAUCAACGAGCAGGAAACGCCUGGGAAAGAUGAGCUGGAGAGUUGGACAAGUGAGGGUGCCAGCGACGAUCAAAAAGAAGCGAUGGAGACCGCAAAGUCAGCGAUGCCAUCGCUGCCUUCAGCGGGAAGAAAGGAAGAAACGAGAAAAUCAGAUAACACAAAAGACUGCGACAAAGAGAAGGGUGAAGUGGAGGAGUCUAGGCAAGCGCAGUCUCCGAAGGAAAAGUCCGAAGACAAUCAGGUGAAGAGGAGCAAUUCAAAGGGGAAUGUUUCAGAUACGGAAAGCGACGGAGGAAGCAGAGAACCGUUUGGGGUGGAGAAGGAUACAAACUCCCCACAAGAGCAUUCACAAGAGAUUCAGUCAAACUAUAAGGACGCUGCUGUACAAACAGGCGAAGAAGGUCGUAAGAAGCCUCGCAAAUUGCAGGCUGAUUUGAACAAUGGCAACGAGCAGUCUGUCAAGCCAGUUGAGACGAGAAAGAAGCCACGCAAGCUCGAGAAAAGGUCAGCCUGA